AUGACCACGAACGAGUGUCUCUCGGCCCUUCUCUUAGGACUGCGUGGCCUCAUUUACUUUACCUCGUCCCAAAUCGAUCUGGUCUGCCGCAUUCUCACCUCGCCCAAUGCGACGAUGCAGCACCGCGAAGGCUCGUACUUUCAAUCUCGCUUGUGUUCGUUUACCUUUGGCCGGACGUGUCUCUGGCUCGAGCCCGGCGACGCCCUCUCAGACCCACCAGCGACACUGCAGGUGGCGACGCCGUAUUUUAUCAACGAAGCGGCGCGGGAUCCACUGGGUGUCUGGCUCAUUUUCAUAUUUCGCAUUUGCACGACGCUCUUGGUCUGGUAUCGGCUCCAUGCACACUACUACCGCCACUGCGCUGUGCUGAAAUCGCUCGUGCGCCAAAGCGGCCAUCGCGUCAAAAUGCCGCGUGGCAACUGGUCGUAUGAGCUCGUCCUUGGUGACCCAACCGCGAUUGUGCUAUUGGAUCCGAUCGUUGCGACGCUCUACUACCUCGAUAUUUGGUUGAGCACUGCGAGUUUCGGAACUGCGACGAUGCAAGUCCAGUCCGCCACCAACCUGACGUCUCGCUUCCUCGGCAUGACAUAUCUCGCGCGCUCGGUUUGGUUUGCGUACUGGGGUCUCUGCCUCGUCUCCUUCGGCCUCAAGCGCUGGCGGAAAGAACACUGUUUUGCCGAAGUCGACCCAACGCUCGUGGCGAUCGCCGUGACCCUCAGCGGUCCGGUCCUGAUGUAUCUCAACGGCCAUGUCGCCGUCCUAGUGCGCUUCUACCAGUGGCUGUUCUACUGCCUCGUUCCGGCAGAUCACCAAAACGAAGAGGUUGAAGGCGCGCUCGUGUGCGUUGCCUUUACGCUCAUCACACUCAGCUUGCCGCUCGCGCAAGGCUUGAUUUCGGCCCGUCACCGCCGUCGCAGUGUCGACUAUAGCGCCUGCGCGUACAACAACGUGAAGGGCGCGGUUCUCUUGCGACUUGCGACCGCAUUGCGGCUCACGCCGCGGUACUCGCCGCGCGGCGGCAGCAUCUACGAAGCGAUGGACGUGAACCCGCGGCUCAAGCGCUGCCCGACGAUUAGCUUGCGGGGAACGGACUGUUUUCUGCUUUGCUACUGCAACGGAGAGCUCACCGAGAGACUGCGUCUGAGUCUCCUGACCAAUCUGAACCAAGACCUGCCGCGAUCGACGGAGCGGACCGAGUUUGUCGUGUACGAGCUGCAAACGUCCUCGACGUUGGCCAGCGACGACACACUUGGUCCGGCAAUUUCAUCGCAGCGCAGCUAUGCGCUACGCACGCCGCCCGACCCCUCGAUUUUGUGGUGUCUUUAG